UAUGAUGAAAUCAUCAAGCCAUAAGAUAAGUCUGGAAUAUUAGAGAGCCACAAAAAUCCUCAGGGAUCCUGAUGGUAAAUCAGGUACGUACCACCACAAGAAAAGUGCUAAAAAUAAGAAACCCUCUUCCAUGUGAUGCGCCUCCAUGUAGGCUACCAUUUGAGGGUUAGACCCAAAAGUCAGCCUAACCAGAUCAUCCAUUGUUAGCCUUUGGAGCAGGUCCCGCUUCACCAUGGUCUAUACAAGGGUCAGCUGUAAAACAAUGUUGUUUUAUAGGUGAAAAGAUAAAAUUUAAGUCCAUGAUUUAGUGAGUAGCCACGCAUGAAACAAUAUGGGGCUUAAGCGAUAUUUGCCGAUGGAUCAUCCUUGGAGGCGCAACAAGAGAGCAUUUGACGGCACUCAAGAACGAGAAUGUGAGUCCAACAUGCAAAGUGGUGAUGACAUCCUGGGACAGUUGGAGGGGAUGGUAUUUGGGAAUGAGAGUGCGGGCAAGACGAAAGAGAAGAAGCGGAAUAGGGGACAAUCGAUAGAAACUGCAACUGACGAUGUCGUGUGGAAAAAGAGAAGUGUUUUCUUUUGGUUGUCGUAUUGGAAAGAUAAUUUAUUGCAGCACAACCUUGAUGUCAUGCACAUAGAGAAAAAUGUUAUGGACAACAUAUUUGGCACAAUUCUCGACAUCAAAGGGAAAACAAAGAACGACCUCGCAGCUCACCAAGACUUGCAAGAAAUGGGUUUGAGGCCUAAACUGCAUUCGUUCACCGGCGAUGAUGGUAAAACCUAUAUGCCCGUGGCUUGCCAUACAAUGUCCAAUGAAGAGAAAACAAAUUUUCUAAAGGUGAUUCGAAAUCUAAGGGUGCCUAACGGAUAUGCACCAAACGUUUCUCGGUGUGUAUGCCUUAAGGAACGUACGAUAUCGGGCUUGAAGAGCCAUGACAGCCACAUAAUAAUGCAACCACUUCUCCCUUUUGCAUUGCAUUGGUCACUGCCAGAUAAUGUGGUUAGACCUCUUAUUGUGAUGUUCGCAUUCUUCAGGGGCAUAUGCUCAACAAAUUUAACACAAGAGGAUAUGGACCGACUAGAGGGUGACAUUUGUGUCACUUUGUGCAAGAUGGUACAAAUAUUCCUUCCCGGUUUUUUUACCAGCAAGGUUCAUUUGGUCGUUCACCUUGUUCACGAGUGCAGACUAGGGGGCCCUAUACAGUAUAGGUGGAUGCAUCCAGUGGAAAGGAGCCUCGGGGUGUUCAAGUCUAGUGUGCGCAAUAAAGCGGCUCUUGAGGGCUGCAUUGAGGAAGGCUACAUAGCAAUCGAGUUGGUGACAUUCUACUCGAAGUAUCUGGAAAACGCACCAACCUUCCACAACAGACCCCAACAAAAUCCUGAUGGUCCGAAGGGGGUGGGAACACUAGUUAGCCUCAAUCGUACUCAGUUGAGCCAGAUUCACCGAUAUAUUUCAUUCAACUCUGAUGAGUUUAAUCAACUACGAACGAUGCACAUGGAUAUGCUUAGGCGAUCAUGCGAUAGAAGGCGAACUACGGACGAUCAGUUGGAAGCCCAACAUCAUCGGCAGUUCUUCAAUUGGUCAAUAAAUUGGACGAUCAACGUAGAACGGAGAUGACUAAGAAGCUAGUUAUGCAUUGUAAGGGCCCAAAGGAGACAGCAGUUAGGUACAACAGGUACGUG